CUGGAGCUGGUGACCCAGGGCCACAAGGGGAGGAGGAGCCCCCGGAGGGCGGAGAGGUGCCGGCCGGCCCUGGGCGCCUGGGCCCGCUCCGGGUUUCCCUCUGCCGCAUCGUGGGAAGCCAGCCCGGAUCGUGCUUUCAGAACCUAGUGCCGAGCCGCUGUCCCUGGCACUUCCGCGGGAAGCUCCGGGCCCUGUUCGGGACACCCCUUGGAGGCAGAUUUACCUUCUCCCUUUGUCCUCUGGCCCCACGCGCCCCUACCCCAGGGUUUGACUGUCUCCCCCUCUGGGACCCCCGCCUGCCCAUCCCCCGCACGUGAACGUCACUGGGAACAAGGACCUUCCCAGUAACCCAGGCGGCACAGUAGGGGCCCACGGCGCUCCCUAUGAAGACCCUGUUCUCGCAGGAGCCCCAUGCCCUCCCGGCCGCGCUCCCUGUUUCCCUCGUCCUCUGCGGCCUUCUGUGCGACACCGCCUCGGCUUCUCUGGAGCGGGCAGGAGGCGAUCCCGGCUCCUCCAAACCAGAGCUGCCUGGCCGCAGGCCCGCCGCCUGCCCGCCCUGCCCGCCGUGCCCCGGGUGGCUCAGGGCGCCCCGGCUAGGUGCCCCCUCGCAGAGCGCCUCCAUUAACACCCUGUCCUCCCAACACCUCCCGCUCACCGCCUCCUCGUACGUCCAGCCUUGGUCCCUGGGAUUCCUUACUGCCCCCAAGUCCCGGGCCAAGCGGGGACCCCCGCGACGUCUCCCCUGCGGGCCAGUCCCGGACCGCCCAAAGCGCCGAGGCCUCGCGCCGGCUCCGCAGGCAGGGGGCGCCCGAGGGUGCCAGAGACCGCACGGGUGUGCGCGUCCACCGCGCGGCAGUUUGACACUGGGGUGCCGGCUCAGUGACCCCAACUGUGGCUGGGAGAAGAGACGUGGGGCUCGGCCCGCGCUCACGCCUCGGCCUUCUGGUUCUCUACUCCGGUUGGAGCCGCCUGGUCACCGCCACCCCCAUGGCCGCGCGGGCCUUGCAGGAAGGCGCCAAAUAUACAAAGGGAAGAAGGCGGACCUGCCCCCUGGCGGCCAGGGCUCGGCCCUGCACUCUCAAAGCGCGGGAUCUGGGCCAAGGCGACCACACCCAGUUCACAAGUGUUCUUUUACCGCCUCCCCGGCAUUACCAUGGUCCUGGGAACGCAAAGGACCCAAACCUGGUCAUGCCUGACCCCUUAUCCCCCGGACCUCUUAUUUAAAGGAAGACUUAGCCUGGGAUAGUGGCGCAUGCCUCUCAUCCCAGCACUCGCUCGGGAGGCUGAGACAAGAGGAUCGCCACGAGUUCAAGGACUGCCGGGGCUCCGUAGUGUUUAAGGCCAGCCUGGACCACACAGCAAGCCCCUGUCUAUAAAAAAAAUAGUUAGGAGACCUCACCCAGUUGGCUGUGAGGGUCAUCUGUGGCUCUGGCACCAGCAGCCUGAACCCCACUUGGGGUCUGAGGAAUCACCUGAAUCAGGCCCGGCACUUUAACCUGUUCAGGUGACUCCUGGGGCCGCUGGUGAGUCUGUCUGGCUGUGCGUAGGCAUCCCCCUCUCCAGGUCUAACUGCGGAGGCCACACUCAGACCAGUUAAACCAGAAUCUGGCUGUGAAGGGCCCAGGUGAUGGCCACGUGUGGCCAAAGAGAAUCAGGGCUGCGCACUCUCCCGUGGGUAUCUUCUCCCUCCGCCUGCCGGGGCCAAGGCCACUGAUUUCCUGUGGACAGAGCCCUGCGGUCAGGGCUCGCCCCGAUCUGGCCACCCUAUCUCACUGCCUUCCUCCCGCCGUGCCCGUCCCAGCUUGGCCUCUCUACCUUUCACCACAGAGAACUGGGGCUGUCCUCCAGGGCGAGGCCUCGGAUGCCCCGUCCACCCACCCCCAGAUCUGCAGCCCCGCCCGUGCUCCGCCAUGGCCCGGUCCUGGCAGGUGGACGUGUCUCCCCAACAGGGAAGUCCUGCCGAGAGCUAGAGAUGUCGAAACAAGGAAGACCAGUGGGGCAAUCAGGGCAGGCAGAUGGGGCCUCGCUGUCCCGCCAGCCCCCACGCCUGUCCUGGCCUCCCUGCUGAGCUGUGGCCGCCUCUUCCGUGGCCGGGCGCCGGGCCUGGCUCCGCAGUGAGGGGAGUCAAGGAGGUAGUGACAAGUAGAGGCCAGAGACGGAGGCCCAAAGCUCUGGGACCCUAGCAGGAAGGACGGGAUCCCAAGGGGGACAGAAGGGCCCUGAAGAUCUGUGGACAGGCCAGGGCCGUCUCCAUCCCCGCCUCCUCCCCUUCCUCCGCUGCCCUCCCCACCCUGACGGCGGCCCCGACCUUGAGUGGAGAAGCCACAGUUACUUCCUGAAGGCAGCACGCUCGCUCCGAGGGGCCCACUCAGCCCGUGGCCCAUCACCCGCCCGCAGCCAUGGGGAGCCAUCAGGACUUCCGGAGCCUCCAAGCCAAGUUCCAGGCCUCUCAGCCAGAACCCAGUGAGCUCCCCAAAAAACCCCUGAAGCCGGAGGUCAACAAACUUGUGAAGAAGUUCCCGCAGCCUGAGCUGGGGGAGCAGCCCCCGCAGCCCCAGUUUGCCAGUCCCCCCAAGAAGCUGCUCCAGCCCGAGUUCACUGAUCUCCCCCCAAAGCCCCCCAAACCUGAGUUCAGCGAUCUCUCCAGGAAACGUCCUCCGCUCGAGGCCACUCUCUUUCCUAGGAAGCCCCCAAAGCCUGAGGCCCCCGAAGCCCCUCAGAAGGCCUCACAGGGGGGGCCCCCACAGCCUGAGCCCAGCAAUCCUGCCAGGCCCCCCUCAGAACCCAAACCCAGUGCUCUCCCCAAGAAAGCCUGGCAGCCCGAGGGCAGCGAGCGCCCCCCAAGGUCCUCGCAGGACGAGCUUGGCACUUUGCCCAAGAAGCCCCUGCAGCCCGAGUUCAAUGUGUGCCCCAGGAAGCCCCCGCAGCUCCAGGUCAGUGGUCUCCCUGGGAAGUCCCCGCCACAACCUGAGUGCACCGACGUCCCCCAAAUAUCCCCCUCAAAGGUAGGAGCCACUGAGCCCCGCCCCCGCUCCCCAAAGCCAGACAUCGGCACCUUGCCCAAGAAGCCCCUGCAGCCCGAGUUCAGCGUGUGCCCCAGGAAGCCGCCGCAGCCACAGGCUGGCGCUGCCCCCAAGAGGUCCCUCCUGCAGCCUGAGUUCAGCGAGGUCCCUCGGCAGUGCCCCUCAAAGCCCGAGUCCGAGGUGCAGGAGCCCCACUCCCUGAAGCCAGGCUUCGGCGCACUUCCCAGGAAGGCCCUGAAGCCCGACUUCGGCGACCUCACUAGGACGUCCUCAGAGCCGCAAGUCAGCGUGCUCCCCAAGAGGACCUGGCAGCCCGACUUCAAGCCCCUUUCCAAAAAGGCCCCGCAGCCCGAGGCGGGGGGCCUCCCCAGAACAUCCUCAGAGCCCGAGUUCAGCUUGCCCCCCCAGAAGGCCCCGCAGCCUGAGUGCAGGAGGCCACCUCGCAAGUUCUCCCAGCCGGAGCCCCGUGCUCUGCCCAAGACACACCUGCAGCCUGAGCUACUCCGGGGUCUCCCUAAAAGAAGCCCGCUUCCCGGCUCGGUGUCCGAGAGCUCGCUGCCUGCUGCCGUUCUGGGCGCCAGCCAGCGUGGAGCUGCUGGGACGCCCCGCUGGAAGUCCGAGGACCUCCAACCACCGCCUCGGAGGCCUCUGCCUCCAGCCAGCAGCCUGGGGCCGCCUCCAGCCAAGCCCCCGCUUCCCCCAGGCCCCCUGGACCUCCAGAGCUUUCGGAGACGCUCGGCAGCAGCCACAGGCGUGCGGAGGACCCGCUCUUCCGCAGGGACGUACUUGCAGGCCCUCCAGGCUCGACAGGCUCACCGAUUCCCACAGGACCCGGACGAGAUCUACGAGAUGUACGACGAAGUGGAGCCCGCCAAGGACUCCAGCCCCGGCCCCAGAGGCAGAGAAGUGCCGUCCACCCAGCACGCCGCCAGCAAACCACCAGCAGAUCCAGAACUCAGGGGGAUCAGGAAGGAGAAGACCCCUCAGCCACAGCAGGUGCCAUCCGUGGACCCGAAGGUGCUGAAGCAGAUGCGGAAGGCGGAGAAGGCAGAGAGGGAGUUCCGGAAGAAGUUCAAGUUUGAGGGGGAGAUCGUGGUUCACACGAAGAUGAUGAUCGACCCCAACGCCAAGACCCGUCGCGGGGGCGGCAAGCACCUGGGGAUCCGGCGCGGAGAGAUCCUGGAGGUCAUCGAGUACACCAGCAAGGAGGAGAUGCUGUGCCGGGACCCCAAGGGCAAGUACGGCUACGUGCCCAGAAUGGCGCUCCUGCCCCUGGAAACGGAGGUGUAUGACGACGUCGGCUUCUGGGAUCCUCUGGAGGAGCAACCAUUUCCCCGGGGAGAGUAAGGACCACGAGAGCCCGCCCGCUGCUAGCCCGCAGCCCUGCAGCCCACAGCUGCCCGGCACGUGUGAGACCCCAUAAACCUCUUGAAAGCAA